CUUUGCAUGGCAAUAUCACAUGUUCGACUUGAAUGAUCACAGCCCAUCCGUUCAUCGUAAAAUUUUCAGUCGUGUAAAAGGGUAGCUGCUGACAAGGAGGGAGCUUCCUAGCCAAUGCAUUGACAUUUAGGGUUGCAGAUGUGAGGUAUUGAUUAUUAAAAAAAACUACUUUUCACCUUGAUAAAAAGUACAAACCCAUGGCAACGGUCUUGAGAGGGCACCCAAGCCUUCCACAAGCACAUCGAACACACGUUGCACGAUAUGUAGAGAGAGCGCCAUGUAAUGGCGUGUCACAUUUCAGAUUGAAAACCGCUGCUAGCCAGCCAAGGUGGCGCAAGGCGGACGCCACUCGAGGCAGGAGAAGAUGCCUGCAGUGCAGAUCCAGCGCAGCAGGCAGCGUGGCUGUGACUGUGGAGCCAGCAGGCAAGAAUGCGCAGCGGCUGUAUGCUGGGGUGGACAUUUCUGCGCCGGUGGAGGUCAUAUGGGGGGCGCUCACAGACUAUGACAGCCUCGGAACCUUCAUUCCAGGGCUAGCAGAGAAUCGGUGCCUGGAGAGGAGGGCACAAGGAGCGCAGCUGCUACAGAUCGGCGAGCAGGAGAUCGCCUUUGGCGCCAAAUUCAGGGCGCGCGUUGUCCUGGACAUUGAGGAGCACUGGUCUGGCGUGCCGGGGAAUGGCAAGAACGGGGGCGCGCGUUCGAACGGCGGCGGCUGGUUCGGCGGCCGGCCGGCGGCUGAGGAGCACCGGAUUGAGCCGCGCUCGCCGCUGCCAACGCAGCCGCACGACAUCGCCUUCUGCGCCUGCGAGGGAGAUUUCCAGGUGUUCCGGGGUGUGUGGCGGAUACAGGAAGGGUCGCGCGGCGAAGGCAGCAGCCGCCUCUCCUACGCGCUCUUUGUGCGGCCGCAGAUCUGGCUGCCGGUGCGCCUGGUGCAGGGGCGGAUCGAAAGCGAAAUAAAAAACAAUCUC